UUGUGCGCGAGCUGAGUUUGGUCACUACCGCACUAGCGUAUCGUAACGUAACUCAUCUUAGUUUAGCAUAGAUGUCACCUUCCGCCGAGGAAAUGAGACUAAACAGACGUCUUUUUUAGUGCAAGUUUGUCUUUUAUUUGUUAAUGCUAGCAGUGUGUUCGCGAGAAGAAGCUCCACGUUUUAGCUGAGACGUUCACGGACAUCGCUUGCAUGAAACUGUGGCCAGACAGAAGCAGUGGAUGUAACGACACGCCAUUUGUCGCAGAAAGGUGGAAGAGAGCUAAGGGCUUCACGGAGGACCAGCUGACCGCAGGAAGUUGCGACAGAGCACACACUAGACCCACCAUGUCCCUCGGAACUUUCCACCUCAUGCAGACCUUGAAGAACUCGCCUGCAGCGCUGCGUCGACGCUUCCGCCGCGACCGCACGGAAUCCCUGUCGCACGGCGACCCGCUUUUCAAGGUCCAUUACCUUGGUACGGAGAAGAUCUUCUCUCUGGAUCGGGAGCAGGCCCAGGUCGCCAUCAGCCGCUUACUGGAAAGCGUGGGCAACGGGAAGAAGCUGAGCAAAGAUCACGCGUUGGUGGUGCGGCCUAGAUAUGUGGAGGUCAAAGAGCUGAGCACAGGGCGCCAGCUCACCAAAACAUACCUGCAGGACAUUGCCUACUGCGCUGCGGACGCUACUCGCCCCAACGUCUUCCUGUACAUCUGCAAGCACCACGGGCAGCAGCUGCAGUGUCGCGUCUUCUGGUGCAGCAGGGCCGAGCGGGCGCGGGACAUGACCGCCUGCCUGGCGCACUCCUUCCAGCAGGCGCUCAGUGACUGGCAGCAGGAUGGCGAAGUGGGCGGGAGGCGUGCAGAGGAGUCGUCCGACUCGCCUGAAAACGUCAAGAGCUCCACGCUGCCUGCCAGUCUGGGAAAAGGUACUUCAUCUGGUGGGGCCUCUAUUGUAGCAUUUUUGACUUGUACUCAAACGAGGCCAAUUGUGCUGUGCCUGGGCCCGCUUCACACCAAAAGCCAGGCAAGUUUUGGCUCGUGUGAGUGCACCGAUCCGUGCUCAAGCACAGUACAUGGUAGCAAGAGGAGGACCAAGGCCUGGCACAAUUCCAUGCACAUGCGCGACUUAGCCUCGACAUAGAGUGACGCAGGCUAUUAAUGACAACUGACACAAUUCAUAAUAGAAAUAUCAUACAAAGACUCAAAAUAAUUGAAAGUCAAAACCCAUAGCACGCUCACUCACACCCGACUACAUUUUUGUGCCUAAUAAACAUGUCAUUUAAUUAAUGUGAACGUUCCUCACAAGUAAUUAAUGAGAACCAACACAAUUGAUAAUACGAAUAUGACACAAAGACUGAGAAUAUUCCAAAAGUCAAAAAGUCAUAGCAUAGCACGCUUGUUUGCCCGGGACAACAUUUGUGUCGGUAAUGAAGACGUGCCAUGUAAUCGCAAGUAUUUAGUCACAGCCAUCACCUUCUAUGGUAUAAAUAAUUACGACUCAAAAUAAAACUGGAAAAAAAUAAGACUGGAAAUAACCCACAAAGUCUGGGAAAUUACAGUAAAACAGCAGAAUGAAAUGGGGCAAGCGGUGCACUCCAUUACGCAUCUGCCAAAAAUCUAUGCAGACAUUUGAUGUGCUAACUUUCCCAGCCUGGGGAACCUCACUCCAUUCACAGACCACCUCAUAUACUGUACAUGUGCUGAUCUAAGGAGACGCCUGUGAGUGAAGAAGCUUCCUCACUGGCGUCCAUUGACUUUGUUGAUUCACUAAACAUGACUUAACCGCCUGUGUCGUCUUCUUUUUUUUUUUUUUUUUUAAAGUUCACUGGAAGCAAAGAGGCUCUGUGUCUCGCAGCCCCCUCAGAAGCAUCACCAGGAGGGGGUCCGCCUCGGACAGCUGGAGCUGAGCCUCCCCGCCGAGCUCUGACUGUGGAUCCACUGGGAAUGUCUGGACUGAGGACUGGUGCUCUUUCUUCUCCCCUGAUUGGCUGCUGGCUUUUUGAGGGGUUGAUGAAAAGGUUGGCAUGAAGCUUGAAGACCAAAAGUCCCAAAACGAUGACAAAGCCUUAAUUUAUUUUUUUAGGCUUUUUUUUGUCUCACAUUUGUCAGCACUUUUUUCCCCCAAAAUGAUUCUUUUCAAUUAAUCAUUCCUUAACCUUUCCACGGAGGAGUAACUUUUUUUUUUUUUUUUACACCAAUGCUGGCUCUGCUUGGAGGUCCGCCCAGCCGUGACUUGCUGCUUUGUUUAUCAUGGAACACUGGGAACGCUGUGUCCCGUCAAGAGAGCCUCUUCUUGGAAUGUGUGACCAUGCACCUGCAUUCCGAGCAAAAAAGUCUCCCUCUCUUCCUCCCCGUCCGAGUGAGACUGUUCUUCAUCCCGCGUUCACCCUGGCCAUAAGCAUCACUAUAAAGCAGAACGUCUUAUGGAUUCCCACCAUCUCAUUGCCUCACCCAAGCCAUGCUGAAGAUUCCAAUACCUCUUAGGUGGUUUUCAUCAUGUGAUGUAUCUUUACAAAAGGGACGCUCCAGUUGAAGGGGUUCAAUUGCCUGCUUUUAUCUGUGUUUUUAAAAUGUAAUUAUGUACAUAGUUAAUUAAAUAUCUUUUUAUACAUGUUUUUUCCCGGUGCCUUCACAUGCUCUCAAAAGCCCUUGCGGUGUCCAACAAGACAAAUGUUUAACUUUGAAUGAUGAAUGAGCCUGUUUCCAUGACUCUGGCUUACAAUGUUAUGUUUGGCCUGAAGAGGGAGAGAGUGUGUGUGGGGGGGGUGUAUGUAUUGAUGCU